AAAAUACAGAACUUAUAAGCUUGUAUUACACAACACAUAAAUGUUAUGCAAAGAUAUCAGGUUAAGUGAGUUUCAGACUGAAACUAUUUUCCAACAUGUUUAACAUAUAAGACAACAUGUUUUUCUAAGAUUCCUGCAUAACAACAUCUUCCCUGUACUGUAGGUUGUAGCCUAGUCAGGAUAGCUGCUUGUACUGUGUGUGCUUGAAUAUUACAAUUGUGCAUUUCACAGAAAUGUCUUCAAUCUCCAAUUUAGCAGGUGUGUAAGGAGAACCCUUUCAAUCGUAAAGUCUCCCCCUCUGAGUUCCCCAAAUCCAAGCCUGCCCCUGGACAUGGCUUUCCCCUCAUCAAGAGAAAGGUGCAGACAGACAACUAUGUCCCAGUGGAGGAGCUGCAGGUGGAGCUGGGGGAGCUGGAGAAACGAAUGGACAGGCUGGAGUUGAGAGGGGUGGAGAUGGAGAGAAGCUUGAGAGACUGCCCGAAUGACCAGGAAGAGGAGGACAUGUUGGUGGACUGGUUCACUCUAAUACAUGAGAAACACAUGCUUGUGCGCAGGGACGCAGAGCUGGUGUACAUGGCCAAGCAACAGAAUUUAGAGGAGAGACAGGCAGACGUGGAAUAUGAACUGAGAUGUCUCCUCAACAAGCCAGAGUGUGAGUGGAGUAAGGAUGACCGUAGUAGGGACCAGCAGUUGAUGGAGGAGCUUGUCACCAUCAUUGAACAGAGGAACCACAUCAUCAACAGCUUGGAUCAGGACCGGCAAAGGGAAAAAGAAGAAGAUGUGCUGUUUUCCAUGAUAAAGAAGAAAGAUUUUAAAAAAGAGUCUGGGAAAGACCUGAAGACGUUAAGAGCAAAGUUCAAGCCCAUGAAGGUGCUGAAGAUGCUGAGUCAUAAAGACUCUAAGAGCAAAGGCUCUCAAAAGAAGAACUGAGUUGGAGUCGGGCUCACCCUAUAAGGAAGGAACAAAUUGGACUAUAUUUGUAAACAAAUACACAUUGAGCCACAAUGGAAUGCUUCAUAAUUGUAGAAGAUUACGGGUAAGAGAUGGAGACUCUUGGGCUGUGGAUGAGAGUGGAUAAGAAUUAAGAGAAGCCUCUGAUGCAGAGUAUAUGGAUUUAAUUCACAAGUGAAAAAAACUAUCCUCAUUACACCUCCCCAUUACACUGCACUUUUUGCACAAGAUGUGCUUGCUCCUGCAUUCAGUAAAGCCUCAGUCAGCCUAAGAUGAGUUGCUGAAUAGAAUCAUUCACUAAUGGGAUGAAAGAUGACUCCUUGGUACAUUUAUUUUUGCAGCUGAACUUUGUUAAAUUAUAUUUAAUAAAACAUUGUACUUUG